UCGCAUAUAGAGUGAGUUGGGAAUUAGACAUCAGCAGACCGAUCAUGAAACAUGGCGGGUUGGGUCUCGGGCGGUCAAUAUGUUCUUUCAAGUAGUGCCCAUUCCUGCCCCGAUAAAACCGCCUUACUGCUCAAACUCACCGACUCAUCACUCAAGACCAUCGAACGAUAUCAGAAAUCCAAGGGCUACACAAAGGAGACUCCCUCCAUUUUGUUCAAAGGAAGGAAGGGGAUAAUAACAUUUCCGGUCCGAGAUGGAGGAGACAGCGAUGGAUUCCAGGACUUCAAGUUCACGGUUCAACCAUUGUCGGUUCCCACUGGAAGCAGCUACGAAUGCAUCCAGCAAUUCAAAAACAGUAAGGGGGAACCUCAUCUGGACUCCAUCAGCCAGAUCAAGACCAAGGUGAUUGUCUCAGCCACCGACGAUGUCUACCAAACCACUCAGGAGAAAAUGAAACUUGCCGAUGAAGAAAUGAAAAAAAUCAGCACGAAAGAAGUCAGCCAGAAAGAAGUAAAAGCCACCCGUAAGGUCAACAGAAUCACCAAGCGGCCCAGCCUGACAACUCAAACUAAAUCGACCCACGUACAACGCUCCAGUCAGCCCAGCCACAGUAAACCAAGCCACACGUCAAGUGCAAUAAGCAGGAGUAAUGGUACCCUGGCUCCGUCUAGCAGAACACCACAAGUCACGGCGAAGGGGGCCCCGACUAGUAAACCUGCCACCCCCAAUAGAUCAUACAGGGACCGUGUGAUCCAUCUCCUAGCAUUAAGACCUUACAAGAAGCCAGAAUUGAUCCUAAGACUACAGAAGGACGGCAUUGCAAUGAAGGACAAGAACCAACUCAGCAACAUCCUAUCACAGGUUGCGACGUUAUCACGGGAGAACGCCUACAUAUUGAACAAGCAUUUGUACAGCGAAGUCCAAGAGGAUUGGCCAUUGUAUAGUGAUGUAGAUAGACAGUUAUUAAGAAAGAAUCUAAGAAGUUUAAACCAGAAAGAACAUUCCUCCUCUGUAAACUCCACUCCAUCCGUGUCAUUGUCAUCGUCAUUGUCAUCCUCGUCAUCCUCAUCCUCGUUGAAGCAAGCGUUUGUAAGGACGGUGACAAGAAUGCCAUCCAAAGAUGUCCCCCAGACCAGACCGGUCGCCAAGCCUGACCCUGUACGGACUGCCGCUGACAAAUUCAAAGCCAGAAUAUCGCAUAAGAGACCACUCUUGCCAGACGUCGUUGAUUACAAGCAGCCGAAAAAGACCCGAAUUGCCCACAACACUAAAAAGCUAAGCCCUACACCCGACGCGACGUCAUUGUCAUGUUCCCCACCUUCCAAGUACGAUGUCAGCAGUACCACCAAACAGUCACCAGACUAUAAUGCACCUAGUCGUACUAGUAAACCGCAGGAGGAGAAGGACACCAAGUGCCGGGUACCAGUGACGGAAUCCAAAGCCAAGCCUGUGGUCGGGAAGCAGUCACCACCUAGUGAUGUGUCGUCAACAUCUAGUGGACCAGAUUAUCUGAACAAAUUCACAACGAUCACCUCCCACGAACAGAAACAGCGCUACAGGGAAAUAUUCAACAAGGAGUACAUAGAAUACAAGAAGAUGCAUGCCUACGUCGAGAGCGUCACGCUCAAGUUUACCAAGUUAAAAGAGGAACUACACCGAGCGGCCGAGGACAGUGAGGAGUAUCGACAGAUCAAGCAGAAAGUCCUUGAUGAGUAUACCAAAAUUCAAGAGGAUUCCGUGUAUCAGAAGAAAGAAUCUCGCUGGAGGGAACUGCACGACAAGCUAGGUCACAUCAAAGGAGUGAUUGCAGCCUACGACAACACCAGACAACGAGUCACGACAACAUAGAGAAAACGUUUGAAACCAGUAUUUCCAUUCCAAUCGCACAACUGACAUUCUUGCACAAGGAGGUAUUCCAGAAAGGGAGGUAUUUUCUGAAGAAGGUAUUUUCAGAAAAAAAAGUGGUACAUCUUGAUUUUGGGAAUGAGGGGCAAAGUGUGUAGAGCUUCUUAACCUCCUUGACCCUUUAAAAUCCACCAAAAAUUUUCCGUUGGAAUUUGUAGGAUUGAGGAAGGUAGAGGCCAGCCCAUAUUACUUCAAGGAGACUUGAUAUCUGUUGAAAGUUCAAGUACAACGGAAACUCUACGCACUUUAAAUAUGACCAUAUUUGAACACCGGUUUUGGCACGAGUUAGAUGGACUCGCCACUGAAAAUCCAAGCCAUUGCCAGAUACAUAAUGUCCUUAAUCUUGUUUGAGAAAAACAUGUGCCAUUGGGUACAGCACUGUGUUGGACGUGUUUGCAAACUGUGACAGAUUCAUAGUGAAAAGUUCGGAUGAAUUUGUGCCUGGAUGCAAACGAUGAUUUUAAAAUGCUGAUUAUUAAAUUAAAGAGGAUAAGAUCAUGCAAAAUAGAUUAAGUUCUCCCAACCCCCACUCCCAAUCACUUGAUGUGCCACUAAAAUGAAGUUGAAAUGUUUGGCUUCCAAACAAAAUUGUCAACGCUAGUUUGUGUGCCUGUAACGGCCCGUCUAAAUUCACAUAUGGGACGAGUUCCGUGCAAGUUUGCGGACAUUGUAGACGUUGCGGGAUUCUGACCAACUUCCGUGCAAUCUUCCCGCAAUGAAGUCAUCAGUACUGGCGAGUCAAACAGUUGCUGAUGACAAUUUCCCAAAACAUGUCUGAGACGAAUGCACAGCUUCUUCCAGACAAAGUGAAUGAAUCUACCCGCAACUUGUCCGGAACUUGUCCUGAUUAUGAAUAGAGACGGGCCUUAGAUGCAUUUUGCUAUGUUGGUUUGUGCAGUGUGAUAUUAUCUGGAGGCCAUGUCUGUGAUUUUUUAACUUGGGUUGUUUUUUGGGGGGCUGGGGUGGUAAUGAUUCAUUUUUUGCAAAUUUUGCAAUCAAAUUUGUAUUCCUUUUUUCCGAGUAUCAUUAACUAAAGUUUUGAUGAAAAAUUUUAAAAAGUAAACACUUGUGUUUCUUGCUCUUUUACAAGUUUAUUAAUGUCAUCAAUUUUUUUAUUUUGUUUUGAUCAUGGUUAUUUUGGAAUCAAAAUUUCAUGGUUUCUCAAAAGGGUGUUUUUUUUCUUUUGAUAAUUGGACCCUCAUUUGAGGUUUUUGUUUUGAAACUGCAACAGAAAUGCAAGAAGCUAACAUAUUUAUUAAAAAAAAUAAGAAAAAAAAAGAGGAAAAGACAAAAUGUAUACUAAAAACAGAAAAAGUGAAAAUAUUUAUAUAUAUAAAAAAAGUUUCAUGUCUUCCAAAAAAUAUUUUUUUCUUUCAUUUUUGUAAUGAAAUCAUUUUUCUUAAAUUAAUUUUUUCUUCACAGUAUUAGAAUGCUAAGAUAAGCAAAAUAAAAAAAAAAAUCUUGAAUUUCUCCUUUCUUGACCAUGUAAAUUGAAUUUAAAAAAAAUUACUUUCAAAUUAAUUGAACAUUUAAACAAUGUCUUGUAAUGCGUCAGAAUCUGAGUUAUGAAUGUAUAUGAUAUUCAAUUUCAAUUUUACUUCUAUCAGAAAUGAGAAAAAGUCUUAACGUUGAAAGAAAUAAUUUCUUAUGCCAUUUUUUUUCAGUGUGAACACAUUUUUGUUGGGGGGGGGGAGGGAUGGGGGAGGGUUGGUAAUGUAAUGAUGCCAGUCUUUGUUUACAUAUGCACUUUUCUAUGGGAGCCAGGUGGGAGGAAAACCUACAAUCUCCCGUAAGAAAGCGCUCACGUAAACAAAACGUGACGUCAUUAUGUUUCAAGUCUAUUGCAUCCAGCAGUUAGCAGACAUGGCCUCCAGUGUGUGAAAGAUUGGAAGGAAUAUAUCUGGUUUCGACAAAUAACGACGAAGGUACUCAAUGUACAGUAUUAAUUAAAAACAGAAAGACAACAGAUGUAUUUACUAUAUUGUAAUAACUUCAGGUCUAAUUGCAGAGAUUCAUAAUACAAUGCACCACUGAGCGUUUUCCUCCAACAGACUGCUUCAUAUUUGGGGUCAACAUCCUGCUUCAUGUCAGCCCCGUAAAUUAAAUCUUUACACCUCAGUUCAUGUGCCAGAAAUAUGUCAAAACUGCCUUGUUAUCUAGACAAAAAGACUAUUUUACAGCGUCUUUAAAAAAAAAUGGGUGUUGACGUUCCAAUAAUGCAACACAGGUAAAGGAGGAUUUGCAUCUACGCUGGCAGCACGACUGUAUUGUGAAUUACUUUCAUAUGCUGAUCUACUACUAGGCACCGCCCACAGGGCACGUUGGCAACAACACGUGUGCCUGUCCAAUGCUACGCUGCGUGUUCGUGCCGCGCGCGUCAUACGCACAUUAGACUUGUGUUCACACAUGUGUGAUAUUAAUCAUGUCUGUGAUUGGUCAGUACCUGGUUGGGUGUGAUUUAAUGGAUCAGUCUAUUGUUUUCACACUUACGAUGGCAAACUUGUGCCAAAAUUGAAAAAAAUGAGACUGAGCACCAGCAGAUAAAAUGCUGUUCCGCUAACACUUGACCAAAUUGGAACUUUGUAGUCCAACUGAGUGUUCAACCCUAGUUGCCUAUUUCACCUUCAAUCUCCAGUAAACCCAUGUGACAGGAAAUAUUUUGAAAGAAUUCUGCAAUCUCUCUCUAUUUAAGCCUGUCCAUAAAACUUAUGUCCGUUUUUUUUUAAAUGAGAUUAUUAAUCGAAAAAUUGUUUUAAAUUAUCAGAAGUUUUUUCAGAGCAUUUUUUUUGAAUUUCGAAAUGUUUUUCCUGAAAGUUUCUUCUUCUUUUUUUGGAGACCGCCUCCUAAAAUCCUGUCCUUUCUAGAAAUUUCUAUAAAAUUUUCAAUAAGAUUUAGAUCUGCUUCUCAAAUUGUUUAUUUUUUUCGCUUCGCCCGCUCCCCCCCCCCCCUAAAAAAAGGGAAAUCAAAGAACAGAUCAAAUUGCCAACCGUCUUCGUAUCGCUUCCCUUAACGACACCUACAAUCGUGUUUAUGCAUUUUUUGUUUAUAAUUUUGAGUCAAACAGGGUCACAUGAUGCUGGCUUAUAGUGUCAAACGCUCCAAACUAUUUGGUCAAAGUUUAUGACUGUGUACAAAGGUACUGCUUAAAUAUACUGUACAAUGUAUCAACUAACAUCAUGCAUAUAUGAUUAUAUUAUUGUAUAAGAGAUUAAAAAACUAUGGAACAAAUUGUUAUUGUUAAUAAUAUAUGGGUGCUGUGUGAAGCAGGACCAUAUCAUGAAUAUAUGUCACCCAACUUGCUAACAAGUGGCUGCUAUGUAUAAAAUAAGUAUAUUGAGCAUAGAAUCACAUACAGCAAUCUUCAAUCUGUUUUUUGUUUUCUUUCGUAAGCUAUAAAAACUGCAAGGCAAUAGUUAAUUGAGCUUUUUUUAAAUUGAAAUUUCUUGUGACACUUGUUUUUCAGUGAUUUUGUGAAGGUGUGAAACCCGCAAUUGAAUUAUGUGUAUUUAUACCAUUUAAUGGGCAAGCCCCUCAGACUAUUACGUUUUAUAGUAUACAUCUGUGUCGCACUAUGUGUAACUAAGGAUUUUGCUGUGAAAUUUCUGGGCAUUAUUGGAUUUGAAGUAGGAGUCAUGUUUGUGCAUUGCAUAACUUUGUUUUGACUCCUUAAUCAAACAAAAGAGGGCACCGCUCUGUUGUUCACGCUGUUGUUUCACAUUAAGAGUCAAGCACAUGUAACAGCUAUAUAUUUUGAGAUACAUAUGUGACCAACACUAAUGAAAGUGUCAAAGUAUUCCUCUGACCACUAGCCUUGAAUAGCGCCCUCUAUGUAAGAUCUACUGCAAGUCAUGACACACAGGGCUGACAUUGUUCGAAACCCUUGCUUCAGAAAGCAUCUUUCAUAGCUUCACAAUAAGUUUCACCUUUCAAAUGCGUGCAAGUCAUUUUGUUUUGGUUCAAACCUUGCUUGUUGAUGUUGGUUUGCCCAUAACCUUGGAAGCUACCCAACCCUCAGAAAUCAAAUACUUCACUUGAUUCUUAAUAACAUGUAAAUGGACCUUCGCGCCAACUUGUCUUUGGGUUUGUACAAGUCCAUUUCUGAAACCGUGGCUUCAGCCUCGGACUGCCUGUUCCCAAUUUCAGAAUCCAAACUCGAGAUCACUCUGGCAUUAAAAAAGUGUCUAUGUUAUAAUAUUCUAAUCUUGAAAAGUGUAUAAGAGCCAACCAAAUCAAAGUUUCUUCAAACGAUUCCCGCUUUCAAGUGCAGUAGCUUGACCCAAGUCGACUACCACCCAAACUGGCCCCAAAUUAGGCAAUUCUAGUUCAAUGCGUGGUUGAAAUGUGGCAGAAAUGGAAUUUUUUAAAAGCCUUAUUGGAAAUGUUGUCGCCUUCCAGAAUAUAUGCAUAAGUACAAACAAUUUGAGAGAAAUCAGCCAAAGUUUGGUAUCAUUGACCCCAUGUCCCUUUUGGUGAUAAAAAAAAUGUUGGGUCCAAAGUUUGUGUGGAAUCAUUGUUUGAUCAACACGAAGUUUGUUUGUCUCAUCUAAAGUGAUGUGUAUUUGAUGAUCUUAAUCUCAAACAAUCAAAUGAAUUUUAAAUUUAAAUUUAACUGACUUCAUGCAGACAACUACGUUAAAGUGUGGAUAAAUGGGGCAAUGAUUAGUAAGUAUAACGAAUGACAUGUUACCAUGGCGAUGAGUACAAACAUUCCUUAAAAUCAGGCCCUUAAUUUUUAGACUCGUGUUGCAUUUCGUUAAAAUUAUGUCAUUAUUUGUUAUGUUAUUAAUUUAUUAUUUAUUCAAUUGCUUCGUAAAAAGUGACAUCUGUUUUAGAACUUUGAAUUGGAUUUUAAAGAAAUUGAACCAAUUUUUUUUUCCACUGGUACCCACAUGGUGUAGUUACACGCAAACAAGCAUUGCCAAACUGUAUGCACUGUAAGAACUAUUAUCUGUCCCAAGUGUCUCACUGUUUAAUUUUCCACGAAUGAAUUAAUAAAUAGUAACAUUGAUUAUGUUACAAACGAGCAUUCAAA